UUCAUAUAGCCCACAAAAGUCCAAAUUAAGUAACGCAAAUAAUCAAUAGAGUCCCCUCGCCCCGCUUGCGGCGGCGCCAUGGAUGUAGACGGACGCGGAGAUGAAUUGGCGGCGUCGCCUCGCCCCGCUUGCGGCAAGAAGCGGCCGCUUUCCCCCUCAACUCCUCAGAACGACGUUGCGGACUCGUCCAAGUCCACCACCAGCGACGAGGACGACAACCCCUGGGCGCUCAGCGACGACGAAGAGGAGGAUGGAUACCACGGGAAGUACCGCCCUUUUACAGUUGACGAUUUCCCAAGGGUUAGCAGUGAUGAUGAUGAGCAGACAGUUGCCGUGUAUAAGAAUCCAGAGAUUUCUACCCGAGGCCCAAGACCGCUUAGGAGAUUUCCAGCAUUUAAGCCAGAAAGUCGACAUUCAUGUGAUAUGGAGUAUCAACUUGCCGAUGAAUCUGAAAUCAGUUUCAGCAAUGUUGGGACCGUUGAUUGCUCACAUAAGGGUUAUUGCAGAUCGAUGGACAUGGUGCAGUUCAUUGAUCUCAAAAUCGCUGGCUAUCAGCAUGCCCGGCCUGGAUGUGCCAAAAUAUUUGGGUUUUUCGCAGCGCGGGAUCGGGUCGAACCUUUGCGCAAUUAUGUCUAUAGGCGUGAAAUUGAGAAUUAUGAAGCUGUAACUGUGAAGCCAAAGACGCCCUGCUCGAGGUAUUGGCAUAAGGAGCCGUGUGCUGUUUGAAUUCAAACUCUGUAUAUGUACUGAAGACCCACAGGAAGAUGGGCCCAAAGGCGACCUUCUUAUUGAAGGAUGUACUGAAUUCAGCACCAUGUACACAACAGAAUCAUCCAUUCAAAAUCGGCGCCUUUAUGGGGACAAGUGUUCACUGGAUGUCAAGUUUACGGCGCUGAUUAAUGCGGUCCAGGCAUUCGUUGAUGUUGAGAUACUCCGUGCUCCUGAUUGUGGCCUUAAUCUGAAUCUCUAUGCCAAGACCAGUGGUUACGAAGAUGUGAUUCGUCUCUACCAGGGAGUUGCAGAAGCUGGCUGCAAAAUAAGUUCAGUUGUAGCCGUGGUGAUACGGAGUUGCGUGUAUCUUCGUAUCGAAGGGACCCCCAAAGAUGACGGACUUUCUCAGAAGCGGCUGCCCUGUGGUGCGUGGGAAGACAGCUUCGACACUUGCUAUCAUGGAAUAGUAGAUAAAGUGGUGAAUCUUGACGAAUUUACCACGAUUUCGGUGAAGAUCACCUGGAGAACCUUGGAUUGACACACAGCUUCCUGUACAAGUUACUCUAAUAUGUUGCUCGAACUUGGAUUGCUCGCUGCCCUGAUGUUAUCAGCACUCCACUUCGUUCCUGAACCAGAGUUAUGUAUCUGAUGUUUUGAAACAACUAGAUGAUGCCCUACGGGCUACCGUCAUUGACGUGGAAA